GGUGCUUCCUGUUUGCUUCCGCUGCACGUUGACUUUCCCGUGUAGCCCAGCGUGGAAAGGAGCAUUUCAAAAUGCCGAAAACGAGAAAUAAGUUCGACUACAACAAGAACCGGAAGAAGCUGAAGAAGAAGUUAUUAAAAAAGAGAAAACCCAGAAUCGAAAAUGCACAGAUCCGAAACGCCUGGGACGACAGCAAGUCCACGUCCAGAAACCUGCUGGACAUGGGUCUGUCCUUCGACCCGAACCGAACGAUGCCCGUAAAGAAAAAGACGCUUCCUGGACACCGCAAAGAACCUAAACACAUCACCACCAAACCCUAUGUUCUGAAAAAGCUGCAGGAGGAGGCCAGUCUGCCGGAGAAGGACUGUAAGACUCUGUCCUCGGACCUGAUCCAGUACGUCCAACACAUGGUCCGAGAACACAAGGAUGACUACAAGGCCAUGGCUCGAGACGAGAAGAACUACUACCAAGACACGCCCAAACAGAUCCGCAGGAAGAUCAACGAGUACCAGCGCUGCCACCCACAGCACUACCAGGCCUUCAUGAGCUCGCUCUCAGCUCCAGAACCCAUGGCCCAGUAGGCGGGUCGGACCCCCCUGGUCUGGACUGGGUAUCUUGAUUCUGGAGUUCUGGACUUUCAGACUGACAGAGGUCCAGUUUGUGGACAAAGGAUGUUUAAAACUAACGAAGCUUUUGACCCCCAUCUGGACCGGAUUUAUCAACAACCUGCAGACAAACAACUUGAUUACAUCCAGUUUUAAUAAAAUGUUUAUAUAAAUUCA